AAGGGGUUGGAUGUGUGAAGAAGACAUAGAAGGCCUUGCUGCAACUUUUUUCGCAUUUGCGAUUUGAUGGCCAUUAGGCCCUUCCAAUUCCAAUCGACCUUUUCGCGCGAUAGAUUACUCUCUCUCUUCAGCACUUGCCAUUCCCUUUCCUCCAACAACUUUCCGUCAUCUUCCCUCCUCCGUCGCUUCGCUGCGUCCGCGGCGGCUUCGCUCCGUCAGCACUCUCAUCAUCCGGCGCUGCCGUCACCUCCACCUAACACCCUGGCUCACAAGAUUGCAAAAGCCACUCGCCGCCCUGGCGCCACCUCUAAGGCCAGAGUCUAUGCCGAUAUCAACGUUGUUCGCCCCAAGGAAUAUUGGGACUACGAGUCCCUUUCCGUCCAAUGGGGGGAGCAAGAUGAUUAUGAGGUUGUGAGGAAGGUGGGAAGGGGGAAAUACAGUGAGGUGUUUGAGGGUGUUCACUGCACGGAUAAUGAAAAAUGUGUCAUCAAGAUCCUCAAACCCGUGAAGAAGAAGAAGAUCAAGAGGGAGAUCAAAAUAUUGCAGAAUCUUUGUGGAGGGCCCAAUAUUGUAAAAUUAAUUGACAUUGUUAGAGACCAGCAAUCAAAGACCCCAAGCUUUAUAUUUGAAUAUGUUAAUAACACCGAUUUUAAAGUGCUCUACCCUACCCUGUCAGAUUAUGAUAUACGAUAUUAUAUCUAUGAACUUCUAAAGGCACUGGAUUACUGCCAUUCACAAGGAAUCAUGCAUCGAGAUGUAAAGCCACAUAACGUAAUGAUUGACCAUGAGCAACGUAGGCUUCGCCUUAUAGAUUGGGGACUUGCAGAGUUCUAUCAUCCUGGGAAAGAAUAUAAUGUUCGCGUUGCCUCAAGAUAUUUCAAAGGCCCUGAGCUUCUUGUUGAUCUUCAAGACUAUGAUUACUCUCUAGAUUUAUGGUCUCUCGGUUGUAUGUUUGCUGGAAUGAUAUUUCGUAAGGAGCCAUUCUUUUAUGGACAGGAUAACUAUGAUCAACUAGUCAAAAUAGCCAAGGUACUUGGAACAGAUGAAUUAAAAGCAUAUCUGCACAAGUAUCGCAUAGAAUUGGACCCGCAUCUUGCAGUGCUUGUUGGAAAGCAUGGCCGGAAGCCAUGGGAAAAGUUCAUUAAUGCAGAUAAUCAACACUUGGCUGUUCCUGAGGCUGUUGACUUUGUUGAUAAGUUACUGCAGUACGAUCACCAAGAACGGCCCACUGCAAAAGAAGCUAUGGCCCACCCUUACUUCAAUCCAGUCAGAAAUGCAGAAAGCAGCAGAAGUCAUACACGACGUUGAGUUGCUGAUGCUUGUUGUGAGAUAUGGUGCUUGCUUUUAGUCAGGGGCGUCUUCUCUUCUUCCUCUUAAUGAUCGAACUCUCAAUUCUGGGGGAUUCUGCCCCUAUUUUGCUGUGCAACCCCAGUUUCUUUAACUUUCUACCUCGAGGCUCCUGCUCCCCUUUUCUGGGAAAAAUCCAGGUUUCAUUGGUUUCAAAUUUUUUUGCGCUCCAAAUUCGGGAAUGAAUUCGUAUUCAAUCGUGAAAGUUCAUAUGCCUGUGUUUGUUUUAGCUGUCAAGCCAAAUUUCAAAGUUUCAUGUUAUCUUGUAGUCUUAAAGAAAUGUAAACAAUUCUGCAAGUUUUUUUGGUUCUACAUAACUAGAUAUUCUCAUUUUUUUUCUUAACCAGUUCUCGUUACCUUUUCAAACAUCUUGUAUGAAAUGUUCAAUCUGUUGGAGCGUUCAGUGGGGAUAAUGCUAAUAUAAUACUAAUUGUAAGCCUAUAGAGACAAAUGGAAAAUCUUCCAGCGUGGCAGUUGGAUUUCAGGGUUCGUUUAGCUUUCUUUCACUUUAUCUUCAUUUUGCUGUUU